AUGGCUCCGCCUAGAGUUAAACACCUUCUUUGGAGAAUUUGUCGUGAUUGCUUACCUUCACGAAGAAGACUUCGACAACAUUAUGUUCAAUGUUCUUUGUUUUGCCCGGUUUGCGACUUGGAAGUGGAAGAUGAUUGGCAUACUUUCUUUGGUUGUCAUGUUAUUAAUUCUUGUUGGCGGGAAGCAGGUUUGUCUUCUAUUGUUGAUCAUCGUUUACAAACUUUUAGUGACGCUAAGUCUCUUAUCCUUGAUAUUUGUUGUAGAGAAGAGAAUAAAGAUGCGGGGCAUUUUGCUAUGGUGUUAGAAUGUAUUUGGAAGAACCGUAAUAAUAUUGUUUGGAAUAAUAAUAGGGAAUAUCUCUCUAGAAUUGGUAUUCAAGCUUAUUAUAAUUGGUUUGAUUGGUUUGAGGCCCGUGAAGUUCAGGUGUCGAAUAUUAUUCCUCAGCUCCCGCUGGUUUGGACUCCCCUCGCAGAAGGAUGGCUGAAGUGUAAUGUUGAUGCUGGUUUUAGUAGACAUUAUCAGACUACAAAUAGGAGUUGGUGUGUUCGGGAUAAUUUGGGAAGGUUUAUCAUUGCAGGUGUAGCAUGGGAUACUGGCCUUAUAUCUCCAUUAGAAGCCGAAGCUUUGGCCAUGAAAGAAGGUAUUCAUAAUGCUAUUGCUAUGAAUCUGACCAAAGUGAUCUUCGAAAGCGAUUCUCAGGUGGUGAUACAUGGAAUCAAUUCUAUGGUUACCGGUAAUUUUGAGUUUAAUACUAUCAUUAUGUCUAUCCAAAGAUUGUUGAGCUCUGUUACAAACUUUGAGGUUAAGUUUAUUAAGCGUCAAGCGAAUAUGGUUGCCGACUCGUUAGUCAAGGCGGCCAAUUCUUGGUCUAGACGUAGUAUUGUUAAUGUUAAUCCUCCUUGUAUUGAUACUCUUUUGUUUAAUGAAAUGAAUUAA